AUGGAUGAUGAUAGUGUCAUUGUUGUGUCUGGAAAUGGGGAUCUUGAAAAUGGAUCAACGAAUUUAAAUGGGAACUCAAACGACACCCUUGAGAUUGAAGGGUUGGGCAAGAGUUUUGAAAUUGCUGUCGGGUUGAAUGAGGGGGAAAAUCAUUUAAAUGCUGUUCAAGAAAUCACGGAAAAUCCAGCUUUACCACCAGAAAGCCAUUCAACCAGCAGCCCAAAGGAACCCGAGGUUCAAAAGUCUGAUGAUUCAAAGGGUUCGAAACCGCUGAAGGGUACGAUAAGGACCAGAAAUGGGAAACCCUUGAGCAAGGGUAAAGAUGGAAAGGAGGUUACAAAAUCUGUAAAUGGCAACACUGUUUCUGAAUCACUCCCGAGGCAGACUUCUGCUUUCGGAACAAAAGGCAAAUCAUUCAACGAGAGGCGAGCCUCUGCUCAAAAUAUGGGACCACGUGAAAAUCAGCAGUCUUCCACAUGCGGAGAACAGCCUGAAGAACUUCUUAAGAAGGCAAAGCUGAAAGCCAUUAGGAAAGGCUCUGCAAGUAAAGCAGAUGAGGUCCCUCAGUCUUCAUCAAGUCCUACUGGUGGUGAUGAUGCUAAGCCCCUCAAAUUGGGUACUCUUCCGACCUAUAAUUUCAGUUUUAAAUGCAACGAAAGAGCUGAGAAAAGGAAAGAGUUCUAUUCAAAACUCGAGGAAAAGAUCCAGGCAAAGGAAGCAGAGAAGUGUAAUCUGCUAGCUAAAACUAAGGAAACACAGAAUGCGGAGAUCAAAAUGUUCAGAAAAAGUUUGGGUUUCAAAGCUACACCAAUGCCGAGCUUCUAUCAGGAACCAGCACCUCCGAAGGCGGAACUAAAGAAGAUGCCAACUACCCGAGCCAAGUCCCCCAAGCUCGGCCGGAAAAAGGGCUCGAGCUCACCAACUUCCGACACCAAAGAAAACGGGCCCCGCCCGUCCAGGUUAAGCCUAGAUGAGAAGCUCUCACAGAGCAACCUCGCCAGAACACAUGAUCAUGUCAAGAAACCGCAAAGGAAGUCCCUUCCCAAGUUACCCUUUGAGGACAAUGCCUUGUCAUAUGAAAAGAAAAAAACAUCAACAUCAUCCCGUAAAACUGCUGAGCAAGUGGUUCAGCCGAAAGUCUUGACCGAUGAAGCAAUUACAGUUUCUGGGAGAACUGACAGCGGGUCGAACAUGGAUGAGAAACUUCCGGAAGCUGCUCAGGAAGAAAUUGCUAAGGUGCAAGAGACAAUUCCAGUAUGA